ACUCCUUCCACCAUUUUUUUUAAAGCAGCACCACUGGCUUACAGUCGUACGUUCAUUUUUUGGUCAACGCAUGUUGCCCUCCAAAGCCUGACCAUGGCAAGUGGAAAGACCACGUUCUACGGCAUUCAACCACUGGAGCGGUCCAGAAGAAACUAGCUUGCUAGCUGUGCACACCAUGAGUGCAGAUGUUGGUAUGGAUCUUUGUGAUCCUAACCAAAGAGAUGAGACAUCGAGUGCUUUGCCACCAAACCUAGGUCAUGUCUCGCACAAUUCUCUUCCAGAAUCAAGAGUAACAAGAACGGAAGCCCCACCGUCAUACCGUGCAGCUCCCGAAAUGGUGAUAUUUGAGGAGAGUGAGCCAGCAGAACAAGGACCUGCUUCUCCAGAAAAUUUUCUGGACGAACCUAGGGCAGGAGCCCGUAAAACCAGAAGAAAAAAGGGCAAAGCCAAGCGCAAGAGAAGGGGUCGUCCUACUAGCCCCACGUCCUACUGGUCGUCCGAUGAGGAAGAAGAUUCUGCCGAGAAAGUGAUUGCCAGAUCAAAGUCUCCCAAGCAAAGGAAGCCAUCAAAUCCGCAGACCAACAACAAGUCGGUGGAUAACUCUGACUCGGAAGCUCAGGAUGCCCCACCCAUUUCCAUCAUUCGAACCACCAAAGCCAAAAAAUCGGCCCACAGCACGGCACAACCGUCGGUAGCACAACAGCAACAACAACAUCAACCAUCCUUCACGUUGGAAGACAUGGAAAUCUUUCAACGACUGGACGAAGAAUACGACCAUGCACUGGAAGAACGAGAAAUUGGCUACAUGGCGCGGUACACAUCCGUACGACAAGCCGCCUGUAUUUCCGUCUUGUUUAUGCUCCUCUUUUUAAUGUUGGGCACCACCUUUUUUCGACGUCGUGCAGAAUGGACGUUGCAGGAUUCACUCCUCUUUUCGGUCUACACCAUAACCACGGUGGGAUACGGCAAUUCCGACAUUCCCAAGGAUGCCGGUUUCCAGUCCUUUACCAUUCUCUACAUUUUUGUGGGCAUUGCCACAUUGACCAUUAUGGUGGCACAAGUGUACCAGUGUAUUGCCCUGGAGACGGCACGAGCGCAGCAUGCCCGAGACCGACGAACCAUGGCGCGUCAAAAACGGCAGAGUCUGGACAACAACAGUCAACAACAACAAUCCACACAAAAUAGUACAGUUCAGUCCAACAACAGUCAAGCGAGUGUCGUCGACAGUGUGUUCACACAGGAACAUGUCAUGGUAAAAUGGUAUGAACGAGCCAAGCGGUUCUUCCUGUACAAUGAAUAUGGGAGAUCACUGUCGGUGUUGUUACCCUUUGCGGGGUUGGUAUCUGUGGGAGCCUGUUUUGUGGGAAUCGUGGAAGGUUGGAAUGGAGUGGAAGCGCUCUACUUUGCCGUGGUCAGCCUGACAACGGUUGGCUUUGGAGACUAUACACCCCAACACACCAGCAGUAUUUGUUUCUGCAUAUUGUGGCUCCCUUUUUCUGCCGGAUUCAUGUCCAUGUUUUUGCAAAAUGUUGCCACAUUUUACAUUGGACUGAGCACACAGAAUAUCAAUCGGAUUGAACGACGAAUGAGGAAACGCUUGGCACGAGCCAAAGAACAGUUCGAGUCGGAACGUGCCGAGGUCUUGAAGCGUGCGUAUCAUGGGCAACAACAGCGUGUGAACGAGAUGGAGCUUCAGUCGUUUCCAUCGGCAGAUUCGGAUGAUUUGGUAGCACCCGUCGCCACGAGUCCUCAUGCUGCCAAACAACAACAUCAACAACAAGCCAUUGCAGUAUCCAAGCCAUCUCACCGUCCACGGCACUUUCCAGGUCGUCGUCCAGCCUUUGAUGCCCUUCCUACCAACCCUGUUGACGCAUCGGUUGCCUCCCCAGUAGUAAAGGCAUCCCGAUCAAGUCUCUUUGGAUCUCCAGGAAAAGAUGAUGGAGUGAUCAAUCGUCGACAACGCAUUCUCAAGAACAGCCUAGAGGGCGGCCAGGCGACGAGGCGCCGCUCAAAGGGACAAACCAUGGAGACUAUGAAAGAUGUCAUCGAGGCAGUACACAAAUCCAUCAACUCUGGAGAAAGUGAUUCACGCUAUUUGUCCAUGCAGUCCUCAGUGAUGAAACCUGUACUGGGAAGAAGCAACCAGCCAAUGAAGAAACCUUCGUUUGCACUAAGAGCCCUGGUGCAGGAGCGUUUUGCUGAAAUCAUUGCCACGGACAUUGCGGGCUAUCAGUCAAGCAUUGAAAUUGAAGACAAUACACUAGCGGUGACAAUUGAUUCUUUGAGAUAUGUUGCAGAAAAAUGGUCCAUACCAGGACGAGCAAGGAAAGCCUUUCGUGCUGUGGCAUUCGAAGCUCUUUAUUUUGUUGGUGAGCAUGGAUUGAUCACAAGAGGCGCUGAUGCUCUCUAUGCAUUGACACCAUUUGAGUUCCAUGGGCUCUUUGGUCCCCUGUUGGCAGCUAUGGGGGAUGCCAGUACUAUGCAAGCUUGGCUGGCGAGUACAGAGGUUUUGGCAGAAUAUGAUUUACGAAACCAACCAACUGGACUAGUAGUUGAUCAGGGUGAUCUAGAAGUGGGGACAAGAAGCUCAGAGCAAAAUGCGCCACUAAAUACCGCCCCUCACAAGAGUCCGUCAAAGGAAGAGUUGCUUGGAAGAGUUGCUUGGAUCCAUGGAGGGGAAUGACCCAGGAAGUUCGUAUGCCUAAUAAUCUCACUAGUACUAGUAGAUGCAUUCGAGUUCUGCACAAUCUGGGUUGUGGACAAAAGAUCUUCGUUUGCUGUUUUCGACCCUCUCCAAAGCGUGGCUGCGAAACGAGGAAACCUAGCGGGAAUCACGGACAAAGGACAGACGAAUAGCGGAACCAGGAUCCAACCACUUCCUUCGCAAGUCCUCCACAGUCCCCGCACACCAUGCAAGCGUGUGCCAACAUGCCCCCCUUCAACGAGAAUACAAUCAGCAAC